AUGGACGCCGACGAGGUGCGUGAUUAGAUCAUGGCGCUGGUCGCGGAACUCAGGGUGCCUCUAUCGUGGGAUCUCAUACUGCGACAGCGCCGUUGCAGCUUCACGGCAGCGUUCUAAUAGCUCUCAGGAACGUGACCCUGCCCAGCAUCACGACAGUCCCCGUGGAGAAGAGGAGGAAGUCGAGCAGGAGAAUGAGCACGAGCACGAGCACGAGCGUCCCCGCGAACUACCUGCCGAUCUUCCGCGAACACUCGACGACCGACAGAACUUCCGUAGCUACAAUGAGGAAACCGAGUAUUACGAUGCAUGGCAGGGACAGUCACAAUUCCUCACAGCUCCGACGAUAGCGAAGCCUUCCAAUUUCAACCUGGCCCUCCAAGAGCCGGACGACGAUGCCUACGGCCGAGACUUUGGCAACGAUGAGGUGCGAAUAGCCCAGAUGAUGGCUGCCAAGCGGAAGUCCGGCGACGCGGGAGAGCAGGAGGAAGACGAGAUUUUGGAGAACGAUAAACUCAAUUUCGAUCAGAAAGCAGAAAAGUUGCAGGAGAUGCUGUACCUCGCUGCAAGAAACGGCGACGUGGCUAGAGUGCAGCGGUUGGUGAGAGGUCCGGCUUCUGAUCUGGUCGAUAUCGACGGCGUUGACGCGGAGGGUUCACCGGCUCUGGUGUAUGCAAGCUGCUUCGGGAACAAGGACACGGUAGUCACGUUGCUUAAUGCGAGAGCGACCGUGGACAAGCAGGACAAGAAUCAGUGGACUGCGUUAAUGUGGGCAAUCACAAAUUCGCAGAAAGAGAUUGCCAGGAUCCUCUUGGACCACGGAGCCUCCACAGAUGUGAAGUCUUCGAGCGGUAGGACGGCUCUGGACUUUGUGCCCAAAGACAGCGAGAUGUCGGAAUUUUUCCAGCAUAGCGGUUACAGCAUUGGCAAUGUGGGCGUCGCGAGCGAUGACUACUACAACUCCGGGUUUUCGCAGGAUCGAUUUGAGGAGGAACUGGCAGAGAGUGAGAUGAGAAGAAGGAUGAUGAUGGAGAGCGCAAUCAACCUAGAGGUGGAUCUGGGCAACCUAGGCCUAGACGAGCAGCCGGAAUCACCGGAGGACUUCGAAGACGGUCAAGAGUUCGUGUGGGACCGAUGUCUGAACGACCAAAUGUUCGUGUUCAUGGAGAACGACAUCGAACGAUAUCUGGACAUUGUCAUCACCAAGAUGACUCCGCAGAGGUCAGCGUCGCAGAAACCUGUUCCCGCCAACAUCAUCUUCUUGGGAGCGCGGUAUGCCCACUACCAUGCCAGUAAGGAGCUGCUGGCCGAAUGGUUGGAGUCGGCACAAGACAAGAUUUACGCUGUCGUUGAUCGGCACCAGUGGGAUAUGACCAUACUGGCGUUCUGGAUCUCGAACGCGACCUUGUUGUUGUAUUACCUCAAGAAAGACACCGGUCUGGGAGAGGAGACGACCGAGUUUCAGGCACACAUCGCUGAGCUGAUUCAUGAAAUAUUCAUAUUGAUCAUCCGAGAUGCCGAACGAAGAAUGGACAAAGUUCUGGACGCGGCCGUGCUGGACCACGAAACCAUUCCAGGAUUCGAAGACAUCACGUUCCAGAACGAGUGGAAGUUCUUGAAGAGCAAGAAACAGGUAAAGCCGGAACCCGUCGAGAAGCGAUUCCGUCCACCUUCGCCCAAGCGCAAGGCGCAGCCAUCGCCGCGGAACAUCACAUCUCUUCUUUCCUCGACCUUGUUCGUACUGGAUCUGUACGACGUACAUUCCGUCAUCACAGCGCAGACCCUAUCGCAGCUAUACUACUGGUUGAGUGCCGAGAUUUUCAAUCGAAUAAUGUCGAACAAGAGAUACCUCGCUCGUACCAAGGCUAUGCAAAUACGCAUGAACAUCUCCACGCUGGAAGACUGGGCUCGAACGAACAAUCGGCAGCCUGAACAUUACGACAAUGGGUCAAUGAAUGCGACUGGGGAGACGACCGUGGAUUCUGCGCGGCGACAUCUCGCGCCAGUCGUACAGUUACUGCAAUGGCUGCAAUGUUUCUCUUCGCUAGGCGAGGACCGAGAAGCCAUGGAGACGACGAUCCAGCAACUGCCGUCUCUAUCAACGAAACAGCUCCUGCACGCCGUGAAGUACUACCGAGCCGAAGUCGGCGAGAAGAAUCUGAGUCGGCCUGCGCUGAGACACAUUCAGGAGGUCAAGAGCCGACCGAAGUCUCUCAACACAGAGCCUCCACCUGCUGCCCCUGGCGCACAACAGGCGCCUUCGACGCCAAAUGCCAAGAAUGGCUCAACGCCAGUGCCACCCGGUACACCGCAGAUGGAUGAUGACAGCAAUGAAAUUCCGGAGAGCAACCUCAUGAAUCCGGCAAUCCUGCUGCCCUUUCAUCUGCCCACAUCCACAGACAUGCUGGUCAGUUAUGGGUCCGGGUUUGGAGGAAUGAACAAAGAACGGGAGCGUCGGUAUUUCCCUUCUGUGCCUGCCGAGUUCUUGGCCAAGUUGGAUCCAACUGGAGGGCAGGAAAGCAGCAUCUACGAGAAUGCGCACUUUAGUGACACGAAUGACAGUUCGUAG